AUGGCCAUCUGUUCCUUCACUUUCUUGCUUCUCACAUUCUGUUUCCCCGAGACAUUACCGGCCAAUGUCCUUCAUAGACGUGCUGUUCGAGUUCGUAAGGAGACUGGAGACAAUCGAUACUACACCAAGGAGGAAGCCGCUGAGAAGGAAGUUCACUUCAAGGAUUUUAUUAAAGAGAUCUUUUACAGACCAUUUGCUCUUAUUCUUAGCGAGCCUGGUGUACUAGCUUUUGAUGCCUACAUCGCUUUGGCAUAUGGCUGUUUCUAUCUCUUUUUUGAAGCAUAUCCAAUUGUUUUCGUUGGAAUUUACAACUUCACUCUGGUUGAACUUGGUUUGGCUUAUAUGGGCUUCUGUGUGGGUUGUGCUUUCGCUUAUAUGAUCUUCCUCGUCUACCUCACACAGUACGCUGUCCCUAGAUUCCAGAACAACACGUUCAAGCCAGAGAAUUUCUUAGUGUUGGCUAUGUGGGUAUGUUUCUUGCUACCUGCCUCGUUGUUCUUAUUUGGAUGGACUGCUCAAGUUCACUGGAUCUUACCCAUUGUUUGGGAACUUCCAUUCGUGAUGGCUGUAUUCAAUAUCUUCCAGUCAUCGUUCGCUUUCCUUUCAAUGAGUUAUCCUAGAUAUCUUGCAUCCGUAUUUGCAGGUAACGCCUUUAUGAGAUCGAGUUUCGCCUGUGCUUUUCCGUUAUUUGGACAAGCCAUGUAUGAUACCUUGGCAACCCCUCGAUUCCCCGUUGCUUGGGGGUCAAGUUUAGUAGCAUUCAUUACUUUGAUUAUGGCAGCCAUCCCGUUCGUGAUGUACAAAUACGGUGAGCUGCUGAGAGGAAGAUCCAAGUAUGCCAACUGA